ACCAGCCGAGGCAUUGCUCCUCUGCCCAAAUGUCUAGACGUAGGGUAGGUUUCUGUCUGAGUGAUAAGAAACGGAGACAAAUUAAUCUGGUUGCUUUUGCUGAGCUUUGUGCGAGCCACAGUGUUGAGGUGGUUGAGAUAGAUCUCAGUCAGCCAUUGGAGUCUCAAGGACCUUUUGCGGUCAUUGUACACAAGCUCUCUGAUGUCAUUGUCAAGGCCGAGUAUGACAGCCAGUCGCAACAGCUCCUUGACAACUUCCAGGGUUAUGUGUCCACCCAUCCCCAUACUGUUCUCCUGGACCCCCUUCCAGCAAUGAGCCAGCUACUGGAUCGCUUUGCCUCCUAUCGGAUUAUGAGCCAGCUCCAGAACUCCCUGAGAGACUGGCGAAUCAGCAGCCCUCCCUACCUGGAGAUCAGCACCAGUGACCUGUCAGUCAUCCAGCAGGACGUGGAGAGCAAGGGCCUCAGCUUCCCUCUGAUCUGUAAAACCAGGGUGGCUCAUGGAUCCUGUUCCCAUGACAUGUCUCUGAUCUUCAGCAUGGCUGGUCUGUCAGAGGCCCGCCCUCCCUGUGUGCUGCAGAGCUUCGUCAACCACGGUGCCGUGCUGCACAAGGUGUUUGUGGUGGGAGAGGACCACUUCACUGUGGAGAGGCCCUCGCUGAAGAACUUCCCCCCUGGACCCUAUGAGAGGAAGACGAUCUUCUUCAACAGCCACGAGGUGUCCAAGCCAGAGUCCUGCUCCCACCUCACUGCACUGGAUGAGAAGGUGUCGAGCCUGCCUCCCCCCAGUGGUGAGGCCAUGGUGGCCCUAGUAAGAGAGCUGAGGGCAGAGCUGGGCAUGGCUCUGUUCGGGGUGGACGUCAUCGUCAGCAUCGACACGCACACCCUCACUAUCAUCGACAUUAACAUCUUCCCAGGCUAUGAGGGAGUGCCUCAGUUCUUCUCCUCCCUCCUCAGUCACAUUGAGUCAGUAUUGGACAACCAGGAACUGGAAGAACCCCAGGCAACAUGUCCUCCUGCUCCCUCGACUCCCCAGGCUGACCUCUGAACUCUGACCUGGGUUCACCGUUCACCCUUGACCCUGACCUGGCUCAUCUUCUCUGAUACAUACUGUACAGAAAUCUCCUGGAAGUAGGAGACCUAAUUGACAACGGUUGCCUUUAAAUAAAUCUCAUAAUAUGGGUCUGAGUCACCUCUCCUUGCAGACACAUACAGUACCAGUCAAAGGUUUGGACACACCUACUCAUUCAAGGGUUUUUCUUUCUUUCUAUCUUUUUUAGU